AUGCUAUCCGGAGUCUACGAGGAGCUAUCAUUCAGCGUCAGGCAAGCGAAGACAAACAUCCUUGCCUGGAAGGCUCAUAUACUGCGCUCUAUCAACCAAGAUUCUUCCAGAAUUGACGUCCUAGAAUUGCUUGACGAGUCAUCUGUGUUAGUUGUCCAGGACUGGGCCAUGAAGUAUCUGCCAAGGAAAUACCGCGAAAGUCAAACUGAUUGGUUCGGUAAACGCGGUAUUCCUUGGCAUAUCAGUGUAGCAUUCAGAAAGAUUAGCGACCAGUUUCAAAUGCUGACCUUUACUCAUAUCUUCCAGACGUGUAGUCAGGACAGCUGCGCAGUUCUCGCAGUAAUGGUAGACGUCAUUAAGUAGCUCAAGACCAUCAUACCAGGCCUGAAGAAAGUCAGCUUCCGCCAAGACAAUGCUGGUUGCUAUCACUGCGGGACCACCAUUGUUUGUGCAAGCACGUUAGGAGCAGAGCUGGGUGUAACCAUCAAACGGCUUGAUUUCUCCGAUCCUCAGGGUGGAAAAGGAGCCUGUGACCGCAAGGCGGCAUCCAUAAAAUCGCAUAUGCAUAUUUACCUAAAUUCAGGACACGAUAUCGAGACUCCAGAACAGAUGACGGAUGCAAUUCGAUCUUCCGGUGGGGUACCAUCACUGAGUGUCAUUCUUUGUGACUCCAUCACAAGCCGUUCAAUGGACUCAUACAAGAUCGAUGGAGUAAGCCUACUCUCGAAUAUAGAGUUUUCUGAAGAGGGAAUCCGUGUAUGGGGAGCGUAUGGCGUUGGAACCGGAAAGCUGAUAUCGCAAAUACCUGAGGCUCCGUUAUCAAACAGGCUACCGUCCUUGGUAGUAGGCCAGGCGAACCCAAGCUCAUUCUCAUCGGGUGUGAAAAGACGACCACGUGGCGCCCAUCCGAGUGGUAUCCGCAGCACUGACGAUAAGACCGAAACUGAAGAAGAGCACUCAGCAUCGCGCGAGGCACUGUUCACGUGUCCUGAGGAAGGUUGUACACAGACAUUCCUGAGGCACUCCUCCAUGAUGCAGCACUUGGAUUGUGGAACACACAAGAGCGCUUUAGAGAACGAGACACUCUUCGACAAAGCUGCCCAACAAUAUGCAGAACAACUCGAGGGGCAAGCCAUGGUGGUGCCAGUAGUCAGCACUGUCAGCACACGAGCAGGUCACACAGACAGCCAACCCAUGGGCUUGGCACUCAAGCCACGUGCUACACGGAGGACUAGGUUCACGGCAAACCAAAAGUCGUAUCUAACUACAAAGUUUAAGCUUGGAGAGCAGACCGGAAGUAAGGCAGAUCCUGCAGCUGUUGCGAGAUCAAUGAUGUGUGCAAAGGAUGCAACUGGAGAUAGAUUGUUUUCAAGCGACGAGUUUCUUACAGCAACCCAAAUAGCUGGCUUCUUCUCACGCCUUGCUUCAAAGAAAACCCUCGAAAAUGACGAUUAG